CUCCUCCUCCUCCUCCUCCUCCCCACUGGUACCCGGAGGAGACAAACCUGCUGUAUCUCAGCCCGACUCGUGCAGCUGUGCCGCUGCUCCUGGACCCGAACAGUUCGGCUGGAAGAGACGGACCCGCCUGAUUCUGCAGAACCGGGAGAGGCGGCGCGGAGCGGCGGGAUGAAGCCCGGGCGCUCGGAGCUCUUCCUCCGGUGAGGAGCGGGGAGCAGGAGCCUGGAAAGCCCCGGAAGAAAGCGGAGGAGGUGGAGGGGGAGAUCUCGGGGACUCAGCCAUGGCGACCGGAGGAGGAGGAGGAGGAGGAGGAGGCGGAGGAGCAAACCGGAGGCUCCCCGGGUUCUCCUGGACCUGCGGGCUCCUUUUGUUCUGGGGGGUUCUGGUGCUCGGGGAGGAGAAGACCUUCAUGGUGGAGACGUGGCUGAAGACUUAUGGCUACCUGCUACCUCAGGAUGUCCAGGCGUCGGACCUGCGGCAGGAGAAGGCCAUGCAGUCGGCCGUCACUGCCAUGCAGCGCUUCUACGGGAUUCCUGUGACGGGGGUCCUGGACCAGACCACCAUAGAGAGGUUCCGUACUCAGAGAUGAGGACAGAGGGGAAGGAGGCGGACAUCAUGAUCUACUUUGCCUCUGGUUUCCAUGGUGACAGCUCUCCGUUUGAUGGUGAGGGGGGGUUUCUGGCCCACGCCUACUUCCCCGGCGCCGGCAUCGGAGGAGACACCCACUUUGACCUGGACGAGCCGUGGACGCUCAGGAACACCAACCACGAUGGGAACGACCUGUUCCUGGUGGCGGUCCAUGAACUGGGUCACGCUCUGGGUUUGGAGCACUCCAACGAUCCCAGCGCCAUCAUGGCUCCCUUCUACCAGUACAUGGACACUCAGCACUUCAAGCUGCCUCUGGACGACCUGCAGGGCAUCCAGAAGAUCUACGGUAUCCCCACAGUCAUGAUGGAGCCCACCCGCCCGUUACCCACCCUGCCAUCUCGACGGACCCACUCCACCUCGGAGCGUAAACACGAUCGGCACCGCCUGGCCCGGCCCCCCGGCGACAGGCCGGCGGCGCCCGGAAACGGCAAACCCAACAUCUGUGACGGAAACUUCGACACGGUGGCGUUCUUCAGGGGCGAGAUGUUUGUCUUCAAGGACCACUGGUUUUGGCGUCUGAGGAACCACAAAGUCCAGGAGGGUUACCCGAUGCAGAUCGAUCAGUUCUGGAGGGGUCUGCCUCCUCGCAUCGACGCCGCCUACCAGAGGUCUGACGGGAAACUGGUCUUCUUCAAAGGUGAUAAGUUCUGGGUGUUUAAGGAGGUCACGGCUGAGCCGGGGUACCCUCAGAGUCUGGUCCAGCUGGGCAGCUUCCUCCCUAAAGACGGCGUGGACGCGGCGCUGCGUUGGGACAGCGUGGGGAAAACGUACUUCUUCAAGGGGAACCAGUACUGGCGCUACAACGAGGAGAAACGAGCCGCGGACCAGGGCUACCCCAAACCCAUCGGGGUCUGGAAGGGGAUCCCCGAGUCUCCUCAGGGAGCCUUCAUCAGCAGUGAGGGAUUUUACACCUACUUCUACAAGGGGCGGGACUACUGGAAGUUUGACAACCAGAAGCUGACGGUGGAGCCUGGAUAUCCAAAGUCUGUUUUACGGGACUGGAUGGGCUGCUUCCAGUCCGACCUGGAGCGCCCGGGGGAUACCCGUGGAGACCGCCAGCUGCCCCUGGACGACGUGGACAUCAUGGUGACUUUCAACAACGUCCCCACGUCGGUCAACGCCAUUGCUGUGGUGAUCCCCUGCAUCCUGUCGCUGUGCAUCCUGGUGCUGGUCUACACCGUCUUUCAGUUCAAAAACAAAGGGUCGCAGCAUAGCGCCAUGAUGGCGCAGCACUACUACAAAUACCCGGUGCAGGAGUGGGUCUGACACGCAGACGUCUCAACGCCGGGGGAGCCGGGACGCCGUCUGUGACCCGGCCGGCAUUCGCAAACAGCGCCGGUGCAGGAGGAGUUCAACUCACGGUGAAAAGCUCUGUGGGAUUAGAGUUAGACUUUGAUUCAAGGUGUUUGUGUCCACUUUAUGGGACGUGUCCAUGUCCACUUUAUGGGACGUGUCCAUGUCCACUUUAUGGGACGUGUCCAUGUCCACUUUAUGGGACGUGUCCAUGUCCACUUCAUGGGACGUGUCCAUGUCCACUUCAUGGGACGUGUCCAUGUCCACUUCAUGGGACGUGUCCAUGUCCACUUCAUGGGACGUGUCCAUGCUCAAACCUGGUGGAUGGAAACAUCAAAUCUAGGAUCUCAGAAAAGUAGCUUUUUCGUCUUUAAAAAAACUUCUGGGACCUUUAUUUUCUCUGAGAAAAUAAAAAAGAUUUGUGUUGAAAAAAGCAACUUGUAGACAUGAACUACUUUAGAUUUAAAAGUAGAUUAAAUUUAAUAUAAAAAGAUCAGACAGAUGAAAAUAUACUUGAAAAUAAAAGAUAGGUAGAAAGGCCAUGAUGAACAAACCAAGGAGCUUAUUUGAAGUUAAACUGAAAUAAGAGGACAUUUAAAAAAACUCACUUUUCUUUUGUGGACACUCAGCUGGUCAAACAGGAAGAAGAGCUGAAGGAGAGCGAUGAGUCGUCGGCGUAUAACGACACUUUUUCUGCCUUAUUCCUGUCAGAAACCAUCCUGUCAGGUCUGGAACUGUCCAAGUGCUGAGCCUGAGUCUGGACUGCUACAGGCAGAGUAUCUGUACGUCCUUGUUGGAUGAAAAGAAAAAUGUCUUGCUGAAGAAUUCAAGAGUGUAAAAAACAAAGAAAACUUGAAUUGAUCAGAAGUUUGUUGAUUGUACAAAGUGUAACAGGCAGGAAGAACAAAGCUGGUCAGGUUUUAGAAGCUUUUCUUGAUUUUGCACAGAUAAGGAGUGUCCGUUAAUUAUUUUGAACAGAAUUAAUUUGAGGAUUUGAUGAAGCUAAAUUCUGACCUUUUGUUUAGAAGUGACCUGCAGACGUUCUGCUGCUCUGACGUCUCCAUCUAAAACUUUCUUUCAACAGUUGCAGUCAUCAUGGCCGUCUCAGUUUUAACGCCUAUUCACACGGGGUGAGCAUUACCAGGGGACCACAUGUAAGAAAUAAAUUACUCCCCGAAGUUUGUUUUUUAUGUGGCACAUUCACACAGGAUAACCACAGCCUGAGAUUUUGUUGAAAAUUUAUGGACAUAUGGGUUAUAGACCCACUUUGGGUACACAUGCAGGGCGCGCACACCCUCACCAGCGGUGUAGGUGUUUAUACUUGACACUAUGUUGUUGUAGUUUUCUCCAAAAGGCACAUGGCAGUACUCUUUAUAACUUGUUGGAGAGCCAAAGCUUGACCAAUAAACCAACUGUUUGAAUGGUG